AUGGGAUCCUGUGCAUCUAAAGAACAACCCGUCUCCAAACCAACUACCACCGCCACCAACACCCAAGCCAAACGUCAACAACAACAACAAUCCAUACAAAACCAAUCCUCACAACCAUCCCAGCCCCAACAAUCACAACAACUACAACAGCCCCAAUCACAACGAAACAACAACAACAAAACCUCCACCUCCACCAACGGAACCACCAAUUCCCAACCGAUCCAUCCUACAUCAGAUACAUCCGCAUCCCUAUCCACCAAACUAGGCUCAGCCAGUCUGUCCCAAGAUAAACACCCCAUCACCCAAACCCAACAACAACAAGCCAUGGUCCAACAACUAUCCCAACAAUCCCCCACCAGCAAUGGUAAUAAUGGCUUAAGUAACAACCCGGUAGAUGUGGCAGCCAGGAGUGGGGAUCACGAAGUAAAAGUCUUAUUAUUGGGAAGUGGAGAAAGUGGGAAAUCUACUAUUGUUAAACAAAUGAAGAUUAUUCAUCAGGAUGGAUAUAGUGAGGAAGAAUUGAUUGAAUAUAAGCCGUUUGUGUAUAAGAAUGUUUUGGAUUGUAUUAAGAGUAUCAUAGUUGCCAUUAUUGAAUUGCUGCCGGAGCUUGUUAAGGAUUUGCCUAAGAAGAUUGAAAGUGAUGAGGAUGAGGGGGAAGGGGAGAAGGAAGAGAUUGGGGAUGUAGAGUGUAGUGUUGAGGAGGAAGGGGAGAAUGAACAUGAGGUGACUGCUAUGAAUGGAGAUCAGAUUUCUCCAAAUCGAAAACAUAUAAUUGAAUAUAAUGAUCUUCAAGACAUAUUACAAUAUGAAUAUCCAAUGGAUUCAGAUCUACCAUUCAAUCAAGAUAUUGCAUCUAAGAUUUCCACAAUUUAUCAAAUUCCUGAAGUGAAAUAUUUUAUGAUUCAUCAACAAGCGAAUUUCUAUCUUAUUGAUUCAACUGAUUAUUUCUUGAGUGAUUUAUCCCGAAUCACAGAUCCAAAUUAUAUUCCAUCAACAACUGAUAUUUUACGUACUCGUAAAAAGACCUCCGGUAUAUUUGAUUUCCAAUUCGAUAUGGGGAAUGGAUUAAAUAUUCAUAUGUAUGAUGUAGGAGGACAACGUUCUGAACGUAAGAAAUGGAUUCAUUGUUUUGAUAAUGUCACAUUAAUAAUCUUUUGUGUUGCACUUUCCGAAUAUGAUCAAGUGUUAUUGGAAGAAAAUAAUCAAAAUCGAUUAGAAGAAUCAUUGGCAUUAUUUGAUUCAGUGGUGAAUUCAAGAUGGUUUGCUAGAACUUCGGUGGUUUUGUUUUUGAAUAAAAUUGAUGUUUUUGCUCAAAAAUUACAAUAUUCUCCUUUGGAGAAUCAUUUCCCCGAUUAUAAUGGUGGGAAUAAUAUUAAUAAGGCGGCGAAAUAUAUUUUAUGGAGAUUUAAUCAAGUGAAUAGAAGUGGAUUGAAUAUUUAUCCUCAUGUCACUCAAGCUAUUGAUACUUCAAAUAUUCAAUUGGUUAUGGCAGCAGUUAAAGAAACUAUAUUGGAAAAUUCAUUAAGAGAUAGUGGUUUCUUGUAG